CAAACACGAACGACCACAGCGCCUUCUUUCCUAAUAUCCACAUUAUGUGGCCGUGCACAUCCUUACUGCCACACACUCUCUUUUCCUCCAUUCCCUCUCUUCCUUUCUGAUCAUUCCCUCCAUCUCCCUCCUCCCAUGGCCAAAACCACCACUACUCCCUCCCAUCUCACUCCUUUUACUCAAAACCACUCCUUCAACUCUCCACCGCGAACCACCAUCUCUUUUUGGCACCGACCCACUUACCCUCCAUCCUUUGCAUUGCCCAUAAACUGCCAUUUUGUUGCUCCUUCAUGUAAGACACUCAGGUCUAACUGUAGAAUAGUGUGCAAGGCAACAGAGGUGUCGUUGACUGAAGAGUCACCGUCUUCUGGUGGAGAGAAUUGGGUUCCAGUUGUGCCUCUGACUGCCCUGCCUAAGGGAGAAAGAAGAGUGAUUAUUCAAGAUGGAGAGACUAUACUGUUGCUAUGGUAUAAAGACCAGGUUUAUGCAAUUGAGAAUCGGUCUCCUGCAGAAGGGGCCUAUACUGAAGGUCUGCUUAAUGCCAAGCUCACACAGGAUGGUUGCAUAGUUUGUCCAUCAACUGAUAGCACUUUUGAUCUUCGGACUGGAGCCAUCAAAGAAUGGUAUCCAAAUAACCCUGUGCUCAGAGUUCUCACACCUGCUCUGAGAACGCUUUUCGUGUAUCCUGUGAAAACUGAUGAAGAAAAUAUUUACAUCAGUAUCAGAGGAGGUGUAAAAUCUGAUGUGUCUGCUGAGAUUGUCUUCAGUGGGAAGGCUCAACCUGGUGUGACAGCAUCUGAUGUCAACGUGGAUGAGGUGAGAAUGGUAAUCGAUGAGGGUCAAGAGGGGUUCGGUUUCACCAGCAAGAAUGAAUUGAUAAAUGGGCAGGCAGCCAUAAUUGGCUUCUUGUUUUUGAUAGAUUUUGAACUCUUGACUGGUAAAGGUGUUCUCAAGGGAACAGGCUUCCUGGACUUCCUAUAUGCUGCUUCUAAUGGUUUCAAUUAAACCAUUGGGAUCCCUCUUUCGAAAAGGAUACAGUCUUUGAUCCAUACAAAGGUGAUUUUUCUACGUAGUCACAACACUUUGGUUGUAUAAAUCUAAUCCAACUUCCCAAUUUGUUCAUCUGCUAUUGUAUAUUGUUGAGAAAAUUAAACCAUUUCAAUCCAUGUUUACCUCUUGAUUUCA